AUGUCUUCGAAUAAUGGAAUUGACGAACGCAGCAGGUCUGCCGCAGCCGAUGAUGACGGCACGGAUCACACCGGCUACGACACACCACGCUCUGGCGUCGCUACGCCGCAACCGGACCUCCACGACAAACGCCUGCCGGGAAUCAUGAGCUACUUCAAUCAGUUGAAGUCGGUUCCGGAGCUGCAGUCCGAGGCGUCACCAGACGUGCCACCAGAAGCACAGUUGGAAGUGCAGCCAAUACGGCAGCGGGUCUCACAACCGAAAUCGCAAGCUGAGGCAGGGACGGAGUGUGCCAGAUCGCAUCACCAGCUGUCAGCAUCAGCAUCAGCAAUACCGUUACCGACACCGCCACCACCACAAUUAUCGAUGAACCCUGACUUACCACUACAUGGGGACCUGGCCGGUGACGACAGUCCGCCGCUUUUACCACAACAAACCAUGGGUCAGCAGAGACUCCCACCAUCGACACGGUCGUUGGAUCACUCGCCACUUACAGAAGCCGCUGAUACUGCCGCUUCUUCAUUGCAUCCGUACCCAACACCGCCUGCGUCGGUGCGCGGGACAACUGGAUCCAAAGGCGGAGCUGGAAUUGGGAGAGAAGGAGAAGGCGAAGAAGAGGGCAGCAAGAAGGCCAGUGCCAGCAGCGGUGGCGGUGACACUUCUAGCUCUGCAUGGGAAGCACAGUGGAGCUUCAGCCGCCACAAGAAGAGCACAUCUGAUGUCCCGGAUUCAUUACCUCUUGCCGGCGUCGUGACACCAUCGAGUGUUUUCGCCCGUCACUUUUCAACUCCCUUUAUUGCCCCAUCAGCUUCUCCCUCAGUUUCCUCUUCUCACUAUACCCCGGAUACGCACGCAUCCACUGCCCCAGAUACGCCAACGCGUUCAGAAUUCCAAGACUUCGACUCAACUGCUUUGUCAUCUUUCUUUCGGUCUGCUUCUGUUGGGCAACUGAAGAAGCUAACAGUAGUGCCACAUGAAAAGAGCGGUCAAUCCACACCUACCCGGUCGCUUUCCACUGCACAACCGACACGGGAAGAUGCUUUCGCGAAUGCCGGUACCGUUACUGGCGCCGGUACCGGUAGCGAUAACACCACGCUGGAAGCAGAUAUUCCAGAGGAGAUUGAAGACGUCAAUCGCACCAUGACUUCUACGCCCACCCCGCCAGGGGCCCAGGCUCCUGCUCCGAAAGGAAGACUCAGAAUCAAAAUUGCCGAGGCUCGUGGCCUCCGACGAAGCAGAGACCCGUAUGUCGUCGCCGUUUUUCAGCGGAGCGAACUGAUUUCGCGCGGCCCCCGCCCUGCUGAGGGCGAAGACGUUGCCGCCAUUGCCGCCGUCGCUAUGGGUGGCAUCCCCAUCCAACGCCAGGCCAGCGAUACCGGCCGCAUACCGAUGGCAAUUCCCAUGCGCAGCCGCCAGAGCAGCAACACGAGCAUGACUGACUUCAGCACUUUCCGGACCCGCACCGGCCGGCGCUCCUUGACAAACCCCAAGUGGGAUGCAGAAGCAGUGUUCGACGUUGUUGACUCCGAUACGUUGGUCGAUAUAUCUGUUUACGACCAUUCGCCCGCUGGAGAAGAAUUUCUUGGUCACGUUGACUUCCAGGCUCAUGUCUCUGAGAAGGAUGGGCCUGUCCGUGGCUGGUUCCCUCUCCGGGGCCACGCCGACACCGUGGCUGAGAAUACUCCGACUGGAGAGAUCUAUGUGGAGGCUAUAUACCAAAGGACUAACCGGAAACACUACGGACCAGACGACUUUGAGAUCCUGAGACUUAUCGGCAAGGGAACGUUUGGUCAGGUGUAUCAGGUCAGGAAGAAGGACACAAAGCGCAUCUACGCCAUGAAGGUACUGUCCAAGAAGAAGAUCGUACAGAAGAAAGAGGUCGCGCACACAGUAGGGGAGCGGAACAUUCUAGUACGGACGGCUACCUCGGACUCUCCAUUUAUCGUCGGCCUCAAGUUUUCUUUCCAGACACCGUCUGACCUGUACCUGGUGACGGACUACAUGUCUGGUGGCGAACUAUUUUGGCAUCUGCAGAAGGAAGGUCGGUUCGAGGAAAGUCGUGCCAAAUUCUACAUUGCAGAGCUGAUUCUAGCCAUCGAACAUCUGCACAACAACGACAUCGUCUACCGCGAUCUCAAGCCAGAAAACAUCCUUUUGGACGCCAACGGGCAUAUCGCGUUGUGCGACUUUGGUCUGUCCAAGGCGAACUUGACGAAGAACGAUACGACAAACACGUUUUGCGGCACCACUGAGUAUCUUGCACCGGAGGUGUUGCUGGACGAGGCCGGCUAUACCAAGAUGGUUGACUUCUGGUCUCUCGGUGUACUUGUCUUUGAGAUGUGCUGUGGUUGGAGCCCGUUCUAUGCCGAGGAUACGCAGCAGAUGUACAAGAACAUCGCUUUCGGCAAGGUCCGCUUCCCGAAGGACACCCUCUCGGCCGAAGGCCGCAGCUUUGUCAAGGGCCUGCUUAACAGGAACCCGAAGCACCGUCUGGGAGCCACUAAGGAUGCCAGAGAGCUUAUGGAGCACCCCUUCUUCCGCGAUAUCGACUGGAGCGCUCUUUCGAAGAAGCUGAUCACGCCGCCGUUCAAGCCCAAGUUGAAGUCUGACACGGAUGUGUCUUACUUUGACCCUGCUUUUACCGACGCCAUGGACAAGAGUGGGUCGCUGAAUGAGCGGGCUGCGGCCCUGGCACGUGGCAUCGCUACAUCAACACCCCUGUCACCGUCGAUGCAGGCAAACUUCAAGGGCUUCACAUUUGUGGACGAGAGUGCUUUGGAGGACCAUAUGCGCGGCUAUGGGGCUAGCUACACUGGAAAUGAAGAUGACGACAUGGACGACGGUACCGAACAUGGCUCCGGAGAGCGGAGAGACGAUGCUGACUGGGAUGAUAUCAACGACAUUGACCCACGGAGGUCCGACCGUAUGAGCGGUGUUGUCCGGAGCAAUGAUGAGCAGAUGUUCGGCAACUCGCACUUCGACAUCUAG